AUGAGUCAACAACGCAUAUUUCGUCAUCAUUCUAAUCUGACACUGACGAUAAAAAACACUGAAGGUCGUCGCACGACAAUAGCAUCUUCCUUAUCUGCUCCAUCAAAUAAUGAAAUAGCUUUCUCUCGAAAUCAAUCCAUUCCAUUGAGCACACAAGUAAAUCGUGAAUCUAUCAUAUUCAUCUGGUUACAUUUGCAAUCACAAUCCACGCCUAAAUUUAUUAGUUCACUUCGAGCAAUCAAUGAUAACGUUCGAACUUACACUGAUGCAUCGACUUGUUUGGAGGCAUUACAAGAUUCAAAAGACAAGAUCUUUCUCAUAUCAUCGUCGGCUAAUGAAAAAUUGAUUGCAACAGUUAACAACAUGCAUAGUAUUGAGGCCAUAUUUGUAUUUGAUCGUGAUGCAAAUUCUGUCAACGGCCAAUAUCAUAAGUUUCUAGGUGUCUUUACUCAACAGGAAGAACUUCUUCAAAUGCUCAAAAAGACUUUAGAUAGAUUUCAACAGAUUCAACUAGAAACAGUUGUAUUUGAAGAAGAUAAAAUAUUUCUCUGGUUACAAUUGUGGAAAGAGGAGGUGACUAUUACAAUUAUGUCUUAUACCAAUUAUUUCUAA